CGCGUUCACCGAAGCAAGCGAAACACCAUGGCAGAAGUCAAGAAAUGGGUGACCCGGCAAGACGGGCUUGACAACCUGCGAUGUACAACCGGCCCCAUGCCAGAACCCAAAGACGGCCAAGUUCUCGUCAAAAUCAACGCCGUCUCGAUCAAUUACAGAGACACGGAGGUGAUCAUGGGGCUCUACAACCAUCACCAGUCCAUCGGCCGGGCUGAAGAUCUCGUGCCGUGUUCGGACAUAUGUGGAACGGUCGUCAGGCCAGGCGGCCAGUGGAAAGAAGGGCAGCGCGUUAUGGCCAUCUUCAACCAGACCCAUCUCGUUGGACAGAUCAAGGAGAAGGACAUGGCGUCUGGGCUCGGUCUGCCCCUGCAGGGCUGCCUGAGCGAGUAUCGCUGCUUCCCGGCGGAGGCGCUCGUGGCCGUCCCAGAUUACAUGACAGACGAAGAAGCGUCGUGCUUGCCAAUCGCAUCUGUGACUGCAUGGAUGGCCAUCAAUGGCUUUCGACCUAUUGGACAGCCAGUAAGCAGCGGCAAGACCGUUCUGUUGCAAGGCACCGGUGGGGUGUCGAUUGCAGGCCUCCAAAUCGCCCACGCUGCUGGCCUGAAGACCAUCGUGACCAGUUCAUCGGACACGAAGCUCCAGCAAGCCUCCAAACUCGGUGCUGAUCAUGGCAUCAACUACAAGUCUGCUCCCCAAUGGCAAGAUGAGGUCAUGCGGCUCACGAACAACGAGGGUGCGGACAUCAUUUUCGAAACUGGUGGCGCCCAGACACUUCGAAAGAGCUUUGACUGCGUCGCAUUCGGUGGCAUCAUCGUUGCCAUCGGCUACCUGUCCGGGAAAGAGGAUUCAUCAGGAGCCAGUCUUCACACGAAUGUAUUGGCCCUCCGUCGGAAUGUCACAUUGAAAGGGGUCAUCAAUGGACCGCGUGAACGAUUUGAGGAAAUGGUCGAGUUCUACGCGCAGAAGCAGAUCCAUCCGGUGAUUGACAAAGUCUUCACCUUCGAUCAGGCGAAGGACGCUAUCAAGUACCUCUAUUCUGGGAGUCAUUUCGGCAAGGUCGUCGUGAAGGUGGCAUAGAUAGCGUAAAACUGCCAUUAUUAUUCAACCCGGAACAACAACGCCGGGUGUACCGACAGCUCAUGACAAGAUCCAAGAACAGACAAAUCUGAUCGUAGGACACUCAAUCCAUGACAAAUACCACUCGAUCUCG